UGGUGACAAACUGAAAAAUGAAUAAAAAAGGAAAACAGUGGUGUGCUGUGCCGAAAUGUAUGAGUACUGUGCCGAAAUGUAUGAGUACUGUCGCUGUGGAAAAACGACACUUCUUUAGAUUUCAAAGGAACAUGACAGAUGGCUGCAAUGGAUUAAAGCAACCAAUAGACUAGAUUUGGAACAGAAAGGUCCAAAUUAUGCUUACAACAAUUGUACAAUAUGUCAUCUGCAUUUUGAGGAAAAAUGGUUUAUAAAAAAGACCACACUCCGUUUACAUCCAGAUGCUGUACCAACCAUAUUUUUUGAAAAUCCGUUAGCAGGAGGAGCACAGCAAGCAGAAGUAGCAACAGAAGAAGAUAUGCAAGCUGAAGCAGGACACAUAAAAGUAGAAGUAGAAGCAGAAAUGGAACCACAAGCUGAAGCAGAUAAAUUCCAAGCAGUAGUUGAACAAAUACAUCAAAAUGUAUGUAUGGAAAUAGAGCCUAAACCAAUAAGAGAAGAGAACCAACAGGAAGAGAAUGGAAAUAGAAACAUUCAAUGGAAAUUACGUAUUGAUACCCCUAAUACUGAUGCUAAAGCUAAAUCAGCACGUCCAGCAGUAAAAAAAUGGAAUCCACGAAAAGAGGAAUUACAUUCAAGACCACGAAAGAAGAGACUACAAUCAAGAAUUUUAAAAUUAAGAAAACAAGAAAUUACAACAAACCGUUCGACGCCUGAGAAAAAAAUUGAAGCAACAGAAGUUGGUUACAUCGGCAGUGGCAGAAGAAAAUGAUAUUACAAACAUUCGACAAUUAGGCAGCAAGUUAUUUUCUGGAAAUUUCCAAAAAUUGUUAAUAACGCAGAUCGAUGCUCUGACAAAAAAUAAACAUGGAAGGCGAUACGAUAUUGAUUUAAAAAAAUUUGCUUUAUCCUUAUAUUUUUCGAGCCCAAUUAUAAAAAUUUAGUUAAAGAAUUUGCUUUGCCUUCAGUGCGUUCGCUUCAAUUAUUUAUCCAAUCUUGGAAUAUCAUACCAGGAAUUAAUGAUAAAAUUUUUGACGCUGUAACUCUAAAAUUGAAAUCAUUACCGUCAAUAGAAAAACAUUGCAUAUUAUGCGUGGACGAAAUGAGUUUAAAAGCUCAUUUAUUUUAUAAUGUUUCGCGAGAUGAAAUUAUUGGUUUUGAAGACACAGGUUCUGAAAAAUGUUCGAAACUUGCAAAAAGUGCUUUAGUUAUAAUGGCACGAAGUAUUGCAGGAAAUUGGAAGCUUCCUGUUUGCUAUUGUUUUAUUGAAACAUCAUGUCGGAGCAACGUUCUAAAAGAUAUAAUAUUUAAUAUUAUUAUUAAGUUACGAACUGUGGUGCUACAGUGCAUGCUUUGGUGUCAGAUAUGGAAUCUAAUUUUAUACAGCUAUCUCGAGAACUGGGCAUUUCGACACAAAAUUCUACUUUCUUAGUAGAUAAAGAGGAAGUAUUUUAUAUUUUUGAUACUCCUGAUUUAAUAAAAGCAACACGCAAUAAUUUAUUAAAAUAUAAUUUUGAAUUUAAUAAUAAAAAAGCUUCUUGGGCUGAUAUUGUUGAAUUUUAUAAUAGAGACAGCAAACAAUGGAUGAAAAUGGCUCCUAAGUUAUCCAAGCAUCAUAUAGAACCGAAUAAUUUUCACAAAAUGAAGGUGAAAUUUGCUGCCCAAAUAUUCAGUAAUCGAGUGGCUGCUGGCGUGCACACAAAUGUCUUGCGGUUUGCUUUUGAGUGAAGCUGUUGGCACGAUAGAUUUAAUUGAUCAUUUCGACAAAUUGUUUGAUAUUUUAAAUUCCUCAAGUGUACAUAAUCCAAAAGAAUAUGGUAAAGUUUUCACUGGAAGUGAGAAACAAAUACAAUUUUUAGACGAAAUGUUAUGUUUCAUAAAACAUAUUAAUGUUGUUAACAUCAACGGUGUGCGCGUGAAAGUUAAAUGCUUUCAAUCCUGGCAGAUCACAAUUAGAAGCAUAAUGCAAUUAUGGGAUAGAUUAAAAUCUUACAAUUUUCCUUUUCUUCAAACACGUCGAAUAAAUCAAGAUUGCUUAGAAAAUUUCUUUGGUACUGUAAGGCAACAAGGUGGUAAUUGUUUGAAUCCAACGGGCUAUACAGUUUCAGCGUGCUUUUAAAAAACUUUUUAGUGUGAAAUUUGUACAAUACUCAGAUGCACAGAAUUGUAGCGAAGAUAAAGAUGAAAUGUUAAAUGUUAUUAGUAGUAGAACACCAUAUUUUACUGAAUGUAUUGAAAUUAUGUCAUCUCCGCCGCUCAAAAUUUUAGAUAUCCCAAAUCAUGAUUACUAUGCUAUGGAUCUGUCAGAGGAAAAUGCAUUUAAAUAUAUAUGCGGAUAUUUAAUCAAGAAAUGUACCGAAAAUCAUUCAUGUCAUGCAUGUAUAGAAUAUGUAAAUGAAAAUAAGACUGUAUUAGAUGAUACUACUUUAUAUUGUUCUUUUAGAAGUUAUGUUAAUGAACAGGACAAUCAAUUUGGAAAUUUGCACGUAGCAAACAAUAAUUUUUGUUCUUAUAUACAUAAAUUGGAAAAAAUCUUUGUAACAAAUGUUGAAAAUAAUUGUUUUUAAAAAAAUAUUGGCGGCUAUUUAUAUCAACUUACACAAACUGUCGUUUUUGAACCGCCAUGUCCAGCUUUUCCUGUAGAUUUUUUGAUAAAACUGUUUCUACGUAUGCGUAUUUAUUAUACAUUAUCUGACCAUAAUAAAUCUUGUAAAAGUGUAAGUAAAAAGAAUAUAAAACUUGUAAAUAUUUUACAUCUAUAAUUUUUAUUCUAAUUUCAUUAUUUUUAUAUAUUCACAGUCUUAUUUUUAUAAUAUGCUUAUGUGUGUUAACUAUUUCUUGCAUUUUUGCUUUGCAUUACAUAUUUAUAUUAGAUAAAUGCAUGCGUUUUUCUUUCUUUUUUUCUCUAUCUAUUAUUCAUACUGAGGUGGACCGAGUGGCUGAGGUAUGAACAAUUGAUAGAGGUGAAAAAGGAGUUUAAAGUUUAUUUUAUUGCAUGUUGUAUGCUGCGAUAUACGUAUAAUAUAUGAUAUAGUUUAUUAAAUAUGUAUAUUUAUAUAAUUAUAUAAUUGUUGGUAAUCUCAAAUUAUUUCUAUGGGACUGAAUAUUCAAGCCAAGACAAGAACUGAGGAGAACAAUUAAAUUAAACUUGUGAGCGUAAAAAGGUUGAUAAAUUAACCUUUUUGUAAUUAAUAAUACAAAGUUUUUCUCUUUCUUUUUUUCUCUACUUCUCUGAUUCAUACUGAAAUGAGUUAAGUAGCUGAGGUAUGGGCAAUUGAUAGAGUUGAAACAGGAAGAGUUAAAACUUUACAAUUUAUGGCUUACAACAUUAAUAUUAUAUAAUAAAUAUUAAAGUAAUUAUAACUUUAUAGUUUUAUUAAUAUCAUAAGUUUUAAAGAAUGUUAUAUUGCGUAUAUUGGUUACUUUACUGAAUUAUAUUAUUUUUGUAUUUUUAA